AACAACGGCCCUACAAAUAUUUAUAAUGGAUUGCUAAAGAUGAAACUUUUUAAACUUAUUGUACAUCAGAAAAAUUUCAGUGGCGAAGAUCUUAUUAUCAAUCCAAAGGAUUAUCCAGGGAUAAAAACUGGAGAUGUCGUUGAAAUAUACCAUCCAGACGAUGAAUUCAGUCGACUGCUUCUUCAGGUCACAUCUUUCAAGGAGGAUCUACAAGGCAGAGAGACGAUUAGCGUCGAAUAUAAUAUAGCGUCCAUGUUUCAGUUGCGAACGUUUGGCGAUGUUUACAUGAAUGUAGUCAAUCCCGAUAAUGUUGCUUUGGAUUCUGUUGAAGUUACAUUCAAGGAUCAAUAUAUGGGUCGUAGCGAAAUGUGGAGACUAAAAAAUAGCCUGGUCAACACGUGUGUGUACAUGAAUAAAAAAAUUGAAUUUUGUGGCGGUAGUAUAAGAUGUCAGGUCUAUGAAAUGUGGUCACAAGGUGACCGUGUUGCUUGCGGAGUAAUAACGGAUGACACCAAAGUUGUGUUUCGCUCGUCAACCAGUAUGGUCUACCUCUUCAUUCAAAUGAGCUCGGAGAUGUGGGAUUUUGAUAUACACGGAGAUCUGUAUUUUGAAAAGGCUGUCAAUGGUUUCCUAGCAGAUUUAUUUCAGAAGUGGAAAAAAAAUGGUAGCAAUCAUGAAGUAACGAUCGUUCUAUUCUCAAGAACAUUUUAUAAUGCCACGAGUCUCGAAGAAUUUCCAAAUUACAUGCGCGAAUGCUUACAACAAGAUUACAGAGGAAGAUUUUACGAAGACUUUUAUAGAGUGGCGGUUCAAAAUGAACGAUACGAAGACUGGAGCAAUGUUUUAGUGCAAUUGCGAAAACUUUUUACCGAUUAUCAGAAAAUUGUACUCGAGUAUCAUCAAAAAUCUGGUGUCAUCAUUCCUAAAGCAACAAAUUCCACCGCUGCGCAGGGCAAUUUUUUAGAAGUUUUAAAUAUGUCGUUAAACGUAUUUGAGAAGCAUUAUUUAGACCGCAGUUUCGACAGAACCGGUCAGCUGUCGGUUGUUAUAACACCGGGAGUCGGUGUUUUCGAAGUGGACAGGGAAUUGACAAACGUUACUAAGCAGAGAAUAAUCGAUAACGGCGUCGGCAGUGAUUUGGUCUGCGUCGGGGAACAACCAUUGCACGCAGUUCCACUAUUAAAGUUUCACAACAAAGAUUCAUCGAUAAAUGUACCAGACGAUUAUAGUAUGCCUCACUGGAUAAACUUAAGCUUCUAUUCUACAAAUAAAAAAAUACCGAACUCAACAUUUAUUCCACGUAUCAAACUACCUCAACGAGUAUCGAAAUCCUCAAGCGAUAAUAGCAAUGGAAAGCUCCUCAACAAUAAAGCAAGACUUUUACAGGAAGACACUCGAGAGUACCUGCACAAUUCUUUCUUUGACUACGAUGCCUAUGACGCUCAGGUUUUUCAACUACCGCCCAUUCAUACCUCUAGCUUGCAGCGCGUUUCAACGAGAACGAAGAAAACAAGUGUCGUCUGCAUGGAAACUCAUAAUAACGCACAAGCGUUAAAAUUACUUAAGAGAAAAAUGUCAGAUCCGGACAUUCAUCAUCCACCACCGGAGGUUCAUCCAUCGCCAUUGUCAGUAGUCACCUCGAAUUCCUCGUCGCGCAGCGCUGCGAUAUCAAUUCCAUCACGAAGCGAAAAUGUCACGAGUAACGAGUCGAACGGCGAAGUUAAUGGAUUGUCGCGAACCUCGGUGAAGAGCGACGCGACCGACAGCGAGAUCUCGCCGCCGUUUCGGCCGGUGGUCGGCAGUGCCGGCAGCCCGACUCCGAGUUCCAUGGUCCAGCAGCCGACGGCGGUCCUCCGGCCGAGUCGCGCUCUCAUCAAUCCCUUUGAUCCCUCGCACGUGACAAUCAAGUUAACGAGCAAUCGCCGCCGCUGGACACACAUAUUCCCCAAGGGUCCGACCGGCGUCCUCAUCCAGCAGCAUCACUACCAGGCGGUGCCCGCGGCGGCCCAACAGCGCACCCUCGAGACCCAGCACUCCCUCGAGGUCGCCUCCCUUCUCGGUACCUCGCCCCCGGAACAGCUCGCAUCUGGAACCGGCAGCGCCACUACAUCAAUGUCGCGCUCAGCCUCGCAAACCUGCUUCAACGAGCAUGCAAAGGGCAAAUCGCAACGUAUGCAUUUGCCGUUGGCGAACAACGUCGACAAGAGAACAACGAGCGGCUCCAAGAGCCUGACGCUGCUCUGGGGUGCGACCGGGGAGCAAGAAUGGACACCUGCGCUCACCACCGCGAUCAUAGGCGUCGACUGGAAGUCGCUAACAAUUUCGGCCUGCCUGCCCAUCACGACAGACUACUUCCCCGACAAAAGGAGCCUGCAAAACGAUUACGUCGUCUCGGACUACAAUCUGCUACCCGACGACGUGAACGCCGACUUUGCCCAGCAACGGGCGAUCUAUAGGAAGCCUUUGUCCACGGGGGAGGUGUUUAAGGAGCUUGUCUCCCAACGUCUCGCGCAGGGAUUUCAACUUAUAAUUUUACCGUUAAGUAAAAAUCAAAUACCAACGCCCGGUUCGAAUUCGGUGCCUCCUAUAAGCUCGGUGAUGCGAGGAAGACAGACUGAUUCAGAGCACAAGGAAGAAUAUUUAUUGAGUAUAGGAAGGAUAUUUCAUAAAAUUUCUCUUUGUGGGAAUUCAAUAAGCGUGACAAGAUACAGACCAAGACAUCCAUAUCCACCUUUUAAUAUUCAUUAUCGUUAUCGAUUCCACGCGCCUCAUCACGAUACCUACGAAAUCUCUUGGGUUUCUUUCAGUACUGAAAAACUCGAGAAUUAUAAUUGGAAUUAUUUAGAUCAUUAUAUAUGCACGAGGGGAGAUACCGACUUUGCUUUAGUCGAGGCGUUGAAAUAUUGGAGGUUCAGAGUCUUCCUACUACCUUUACACAAUCAAGCUACGCGUAAAAUACUGGAGGGUUCAUCUCAUUGCGACAUUUACACGCAAUCCACGCCAAUGGAGCAAACAUCGCUAAUGGAUGGAUUUUUACGAUUUAUCGAAGGCUGGCUCAAUAAAAUUCGUCGUCCCCAUCCAAACAAAAAUUGGAGCCCAACAGCUCUUGGCGGGAUUCCCCCAAGAGAUCCUGCCUCCCACUUGACCAGACGCAGGCACAGCACGAGCCUGGUAUCCCUCACUAACCAGACCAGCCUCAUGGGCAGCUCUCCCUUCCGGGAGCGUCUCGGAAGUAACCGCCUGCCUGAGAAGCCGCGACCAAGAUCUGGCUCGAAGGUGAUGGACCGUGGCAGAGUAUCACCGGCGAGCGACGCCGUCAUUCCCUUGUCGAUUGAACAGCAACAACAGGAUCACUUGGAGAUCAAUGAUGAAAAUUUUGCGACGGAGGUGACGAAGAUAAGGAGCAGCGCCCCAUUCACGGAGAUACUCGAGGCCAUGAAGCAUCCUCAGACUGGAGUCGGUUUCCUUACGCAGCAUCCGUCGCUGCCCAGUCAGACCUUCGUCAGCGCGGACGCUGUCCAAUGGCUCAAUAGUCAUAUCGAGGGUGGUGUAUCCGUCGAAGGGGCCAUUAAUAUAAUGAAGGGAAUGAUUCAAGAAAAACUUAUUUCUCAUGCAUCCGGCGAUUUCUCCAAGUCAUUUAUUCUGGGAUUUUAUCUGUACCAUAUCGUUCAAGAGAAAGACUGCCAAAAAGGCAGCGAAUAUUCUCCACCACUGGGAGAUCUGCAAAGCUUUGAAAAUGAGUGGGUGGAGGUGGAGAUGAGAGCUCCGAAGGGCUGGUGCGAGCCUCAAUCAAAUUUCAAUUCGGCCAAUCUUCUAUCCAAUAUAUCUCAUCCUAUAUCGAUUCCUAGCUGUGAUACUAUUGACGAAUCGGAUGUUCCUAUUUUCCUUAGAAACGACGUAGAUUUAUCGGAUGUCACCGACGAAAGAGACUGGACAAUACCGAUGUACAAACACACGCACCUCGACAUCGACAUUAAUAAUAAGAGCGACCGUAUAGAGUGGGGACACCUGAGGUACCAAUCAAUUUUCAAACCCGAACAUUCGUACGAAUUGGUCGUCCAAUGGGUGGCUGCCUCGGGUAGCAUCGUUGCCGAUCUCAUAUUUAUUUGGCAGCGGAAAGCGCAGUUGUGCGGAAUCCAAAUGAUACCAAUUCCCAGCGAUUUGCUUGCUUUGCCGUUUACCGCGAAAAGCGAUCCUUUACGCGGACCAAUAUUUAUCCCUUUAGACACCGAAUGCCUACUGGACGGUAAAACAUAUCUCUUUGAAGAGUUCCGGGAGGACACGUAUGCCCAGCGGCUCUUCCUCUUCCAAGAGGCGAUACUGCAGCGCUUCGGAUUCCUGCGAUGCCUCGUCGAGGGCAACGAGAACGCGCACCAGUACGUCCACGUGACCGGCAAUGCCUUCAUCCUCGUGCCCUCAACGAUCAAUCCGCGCCCGCGACAGUACACCGGCACGAGUACAACGAGGCGCAGCGUAGGCCAAAAGCGCUACCCGGUGCACGCGGAGCAGCCCAGUCCUCACGAGGCCUACAUCACGCGACACGUCAGUGGCAAAAACAAGGACGAUUACAACAUGGAUAGACGGAUGGGAUUUCUGUGGUCGUGGAAUCAUAUGUUAAGUCGAAAGUGGAAGUAUCCAGCGACAAGCACGGGCGAUGAGCUUUUUCAGAAAAAGAUUAUUCAAGAUUUCCGACACUUCUGCUCGAAUGGGGACAAUCGUUUGAGAAAGUUUUGGGAAUCGUGCUGGGAACUUAAAGAAAAGUUUUGUACAAAUACAAAGUGAUACGUGGAUCGUGUCCUGUUUAUUUAUAUACACGGUGCCACACUUUUCUAGUCUAUUGCUUUGGAGAUUAAGCUAUGUGAAAUGUGAAUAGUAUGGGCACGCGUUAACACGAUGAAUACGAAUUGUCAUUCAUCAAACACAGGAUUCUAAACUAUUCGACUGUCUUACAUUUUUACUAUGGGGUUACUGUACAUUUUAUGCGCCUAUUUUUAAAUAAAUUACGACAAUUAGAUGUUGUUAUUUUUAUUAGAAAACAUUGUUCAUAUUUUGUACACACUGAAACUAGUAGUACUAGCUAUUAAGUCUUGUUUAUAUCAUACUUCAGUCAAUACAUUUAAAAUGAUGUAAUAACAACAAAUGUUUUGUAUCGCAAAU